ACUUGCUGUGCAGUGACAGUUUUGUCACGGGCUUGUUUGCGGGUCGGCAGACUAUUAUCACGCGCCUGCUAUGUCGUAACAUGCGAGCAUCUACGUAAAUAUCCACUGCCUGGACAAGACUAAUGAAACAGUCGCGGCGACAAUAAUCAUCCGUGCGCGCCAGCCCUUAUGAUUUGUUUGUUCAUAUGUACUUGGUGCCUACAUGUAUGAGCAAUUUCCCUGAAACCUGCAGUUUCCAUGCGUGCAAUGCCCACGCGAAACUAUCUCUCUGCGCAGACAUGGUGUGCACUUAUAUUUACGAAGACUGAUCUUUGCGAUUGGACGGGUCUUUACAAUUGUAUCGAUGCAAUAGGUAAAUAGUGGCCUCUUACAUCCGGGCUCAAAGAUUUCAUAGUUCAGGUCAAUAUCUUUAAGAUGUGUAGUGUACGUCAACACAACUAGUUCUUGUUUUCAUUUAAAAUUCCGUCAUUCACUUGCACCUCUGUGCGUGAGGGAGCCAUUUUGUAAACAGUUGACAUACUGUGCAGAAGUGGAAUAACUUGGCUCAUCGGCAUCUUUGAUAGUACCAGGUAGUGGCAUGUGUGUUUGUUUAUUGUGUCUGUGUCACGGGUACUGGUAGUAUGGGAACAGUGUGAGAAAUAACGUGUCAUGGAACUAAUAUUUUUAGGGACAGCGUCGUGUUAUCCAACAGCAGACAGAAGCGUUUCUUGUACCCUUUUACGGUUUGAAGAUGGUAGAAUCUGGAUGUUUGAUUGUGGAGAAGGGUCUCAAGUUCAGUUACAGAAGAGCACAGCAAAGCCAGGACGUAUAGAGAAGAUAUUCAUAACUCAUCUUCAUGGAGAUCACUUGUUUGGUCUGCCUGGCCUGCUUUGCACUCUGUCAAACAACAUGAGUGAGAGCAAGAAUGAUUUCUUGCUGGAGAUUUUUGGCCCCCAUGGAUUGAGAAGAUAUGUAAGAGAAUGCUUAAGUCUGUCAAGAUCCAUGUUGAAUUUCAACUAUGUGGUUCACGAGUUGAUGAUAGCUCAACAUCAAUAUCCUGACGAUUGGCAAGAUUGGAAAGUGGACAGCGAUGACAACGGAUGUCUACACCCGCAGGAGAUUGGAGGUCGAAGUAUAGUGUGUGAUGACAGUGGUGUGUGGGAAGUUUUCAGUGGGCAGAGCGCAACUGUGCUGGCGGGUGCUGCCUUGCACAGCAUCCCGUCAUUCGGAUUUGUGGUGACGGAAGCGGACAGCCCUGGACGGCUUGACGCUGAGAAGCUGAAGCAACUCGGUGUGCCCCCUGGGCCCCUCUAUGGCAGGAUCAAGGCAGGCCACAGUGUCGAAAUAAAUGGAAACACUAUAGAACCGUCAAGUGUGUUGGGACCGAAGAAAAAUGGUCGUAAGGUAACCAUUGUUGGAGACACCUGUGAUGCUUCCAGGAUGAAGAAGAUUGCUCAAAAUAGUGAUGUCGUAGUACACGAGGCGACCCUGGAAGAGGCUCUCAGGGACAAAGCCCUGGAAAAUGGCCACUCCACCCCUGCAAUGGCUGCCCAGUUUGCAAAGGAUAUCGGAGCCAGGGUCCUCAUACUGUACCAUUACAGCCAGCGAUACCGGCAGACUGCAGAUGAUGCUGAAGGGGAUGUGGACUGCGUCGCUAAGCUGUUAGCAGAAGCCGAGGCCGCCUUGUCGGACUGCGAUUCCUGUUCGGUUGUAGCUUCAAGGGACCUCAUGGAGAUUCCUGUCAAAAGGCGAGAAUAGCUGCGAACUGUACAUCUGUCUGUUUAUUCUUUGCCAGGCAGGAAGUGUGUGUAUAUUUGUAAUCAGAACUGUUGUUUUUACUAUUUGUUCAAUAGCUUUUAUGAAAUUUGACUUUGUGGCCUGAUGGUGUAAUGCAGUGUAUCAGAACUAAUGAUAUUUUAAUAUAUAGAUUCAGAAACAAAUUGUUCUUUGUACCCUUGCCACUUCUUCAUUACCAGUUCCUGCAGACUGAUGGAUGUCUAAACAUCUAUGGGAUACAAAGUGCCACAAUGAAUCUCAGAGGAGUUUGUGCUGUUUUGAAACUUCUCAGAAGAAUAAAAACUGUGUGGUAAAUUGAGAUUCAGACCUGGGCUCUUGCCUUUCACAGGCAGUGCUGUUACCGACUGAGCUCCCUGGACACAGGUCACAAUCUGCCCUUACAGCUCUACUACUACUACUGGUGAGUUGCACACAGGUAGCUCAGUACAUAAGAGCAUUGCAUGUGAAAGGUGAGGUCCUGGGUUUGAGUCUCAAUCCAGUGCACAGUUUUAAUUUGCCAACACAUUUCAUUGUGUGCUGUCAGAAUACUGAAGUGCCCAAACAAAUCUUCAUUUGUAGUUUGGCUGUUGUCAGACCCGGCAAAAUAAAAUAGAAAAUCCUAAUGUACUUCGCUUAGUUUAAUUCCAUAAUGUAAUUUUUUGGGGUAACUCAUCAAGCUAAAUUAAAGUUUACUUAGUUCAAAAAUCUGUUAUGUGAAUUAAUAGUAGUGUGAACUUAAAAACAUUCUGCAGUGACCUUCUCAAGAAACUGGUGUACUGUCUGCUGAUUACUAAUCUAUUUGUUCAUCAAUGAGUUUUUUUAUAAAUGUUUUUCAAGUCAGUGAUAAAAAUAAGAGUAAUCUUCCUAAAGAUUUUUACCCCAGAUAGGUGCCCAUUAUUCAGGAACAAACAUUUGCUGUAACUUGCCAGUAACCCUAAAAAGUUUAUUAGCAAUUAAAGUUCAUUUAAGAAGAAGCUGGGAGAGGAGCUGAUAAUAUGAAACACCUUCUGCUCCAUUGUCAACUUUGUUAGGAGCACCACAUGGAAUUUGUGUUGUUAAUGAUGUCAUUUAGUGCAGCAUUGUGAUCAGUGGAAGUAAGUUCUGUAGUUUGAUACUGUUUGGCGACAAUGGCAUUGAAAUUGCCUACCUCUGUGUAUUGUACCUUUACAUGUUUAAUGAAAAGAGGUAAGAUUUUUAGACUUACUACACAUCCACAUGGUCCAUUUCAUUUGAGAUCUGUGAAAGGGACAUUAUAUCUCUUUUUCUGAAUAUGUAUUGCAUAAUUUUUGAACAAAAAGGACAUCUAAUCCUAAACACUAUAACGUUCUUUCUAAUUCUAUGUAUUGAUAUGACAAAUUAAGUGUACCCAUUAAAGUGUGUAAGGAGUGGUAAUUUGUACUGGGAAAGUGAAGUUAUUCCAAAAACUUUUCCUGGAAACACACGAUUUUUAAUUAGCAGACAAGAUUCAAAUUUUAAAGUUCCGUUGAUAACGAUAUGUGGAAAGUUGAUUAUUACCAUCAUUUUGGACAUGAAAAACUCCCAAUGAAAAUAAGUUGUCAGAAACUACUUUGUUAAAACCCAAGAGCAAGCUACAGUUUUGUAGAUACACUGCAUCUAGUGUCAUGAUGGGUGCAGAGUAAAGGUGAAAAUUGGAGAGAACUGUUGCCUCUAAUAAGAGAACUGCUACCACAAAAAUGACUGCUGAGAUUGAUAUGCAUCUAGUGCUAUGUCUCUGAAUGAUUAUACUUUAACAUUGUUUUCUACUGCAGGAUGAUUUUAUGCGUGGAGAAUUGAGGAGAAUCAUACAGGCUCAAAUUUUUUUCUCCAUGUUUAAAUUACCUUGACUGGUUCCUCUAAAGAAUCUUGUAAUUAUAUUUUUGUUCCUAAAUGGUCAUUUACAAGAUCAUAUGUACACAUUAUUGGAUUGUAGAUUGGUUUAUGUUACAAUUUUCUUGUGAUUACUCCUUUUGUUUUCAUGAUGGAUUAAUUGAGGUCUUGCUGGUAUUAAGCCUAGUUGUUUACAUUUUGUGUCUCCCUGGUUCCUACUUCUGAAUUGGCAGAAUUUUUUUUUUAUAUUUACGGCUUGCUAUUUAUGCAGGCUGUAGCUCUCCUCACAGACUUAGCCAACACCUAUGGCCACCACUACACAGUUCAGGCCAUGGCGCUGUUGCCCAAGCAGCACCACGUGGAGCUCUUUUGUUUGCACUUUAGUGUUGUGUUUUAUUUACUUACAGCAAUUAGUUAUUUUUUAAGAAAAUUUACUGGAGCUUGGAAGUAGGAAAUCUCAAAUUUAUGGUAUGAUUUAAGAUAGGGAAGAGUAGACAUAGAAAUCCUUCCACCAACACCAUGUGGGGAAGGGGACUUGCUAUUGAACUUUAAGUCCAGCGGCCACAUGUGAUGCUACACAUCCACACAAACAUCCCUCUUUGGGAAAGCUCAAUUUGUUCAGUCCAUGCGGAUCUAAUCUAUGUUGGUGUUGUUUGGUAGAGUGCUGUGUGAGUUGAUGGUUGUUAGGUUAUAUAACUACUACUACUACUACUACUACUACUACUACUACUAUUACUACUACUACUACUACUACUACAGUAGGUAGCAAACAAAUUCUACUUGGCUUUGAAACAAUAUCCUGCCUAAGUGUGACGUAAUUAAGUUAUAUACUGUUCCUUCAUCGUUGUAGGUGAAAUAACAAGCCACCACUGACAUUGACAACAAACAUUGUAAAAUUAUUUUGUUGAAUAAAACUAGACUUUUUAAGUAGUGGACCCAUUAAUUUUGUAUGACUGUGUAAUAUGCAUUCUCUGUUCGUUUUGUGUACAUACUCUGAUUUUGCUUGCUUGCUUUAUAUGAAACUGAUAUUACAUUCACAUUAUUAUAUGUAGAACAAUGUGUUAUUUAUGUAAUCACUUAACAAUAUUGGGUACAGGUUUAAUGUGGGUACUAGAACAAUAUUCUAAUUAUGUCUACUAUUAAUUAGUUCCAUCCGUAAGUCUUAGUGUAAUAUUCACAUGAGCAGUUGGGCAUAUUUUUACAUGUUUUAUGUUAUGUUAUGUAUGUUUUGUAUGUCUGUGACAGUGACAACACUGAGAUAACACUCAUUUCAUCGUAAUUAUUAGAGUACUUGAACUAUGUGUCAGCCUGUCUUGAUUUUUCUGCACCUUCUGUAUUGAGUCUGAUUGUACAUGUCAUGUCCCACUUUUAGAUGUUGCUGGUGAUUGCAUUCAAUUGUGUUAAUGCAUCUGGGUUCCUCAGUGCAGCAUAUAGUGUAGUCUGUGUUAUUAUGUAAGUACCUGUAUGUAAUGCAUUUCAAAAUGAAGUGUUCAGGAGAACCAAUUUCCCCACAUUGGCAACAACUGCUUUCUGAAGGUGAUGUGCUGCAGGCGUGUGGGAUAAGAGCCAUAUCCAGUCACAAAAUGAACCAUGCCUCAGCUGGGGUUGACUUGGUGCAAACGUGACCACUCCCUGAUAUUGGGGAAAAAAUAAAAAUACUUGAUGGCCCUUAUCACUCUCAUCUCUCUCUUGUUGCCAACACACCAAUUUUUUUAGUUGGAACUAUCUUCUUUGUACUGCCAAGUGAUCAGCAAAACUUUCUCAGGUCUACCCAUCUUCAGCCAAUACGUUGCAGCCCAAUAGCUGACAGUUAUAUCGAUCAGGUAUAUUACGAGCUUCACGUACGGUGAAUCAACUGAUGUAGUGUGAAUUGUCCCAGAUAGUCUAAGUAGCACGUGCCUGUGCUCCGGCUUACCAGUGAAUCUGUUUGUGACGAAAGCAAGUCUGUGUGUCCAUGUACCAGCUGCAAAGCCCUACACUGACUCAAAAAGUACGCAGUGGUACAUUCUUAUGUAUGCGAGUGGUAGUCUCUCAUGUUGCAUUUAAUGUCUCUAGUUUGUGAAGUGUACUUUUGGGUUUGUAUGUGAUUAGUCGUAUGUGUUUGUUGAAGCUGUGUUGUUUGCCAGUGUGUACACCAAGAUAUGUAGUUACUACUUCAUGUAUAGUGUUUGUGUUGCUUUGUGAAUAAACUUUAGUGCUGGGUCGAUUACCUUAGUAAAAUUAUACGUGUCUUGAAGAGUGGCGAUGAAGCAGUUCCUGGUCCAUCAGUGCAAUGCCAGUUACUCUUUCCACUUGUCUGAGAAGGGCAAGAGUUAGCACCUUAGAGUGGAACAAGAAAAAUGUCGCCAAAUUUUGUGAUUGGUAGAGCAAGAAUAAAGAGUUGAUCCAUCCUAUCUCUCAGCUGACAAGACCUACCAUUACAUACACAGAAGUGAGUUUCAUCUAUGUGAAAAAAGUGCAGAUUUUGCAAAGAGAAUCCUGUGAAAUCACCAGAAAAGCCCAGCAAAGAGGGGUGAAUUUCAGUUCAUAUUUUUCAGCUAAAUUUUUAGUGUGGGACGCCUACAUACUGCUCUUGUUCCUGGUAUAGUGCAAAUGUUGGCAACGCCUGUGCUCAUAUCGUUGGUGUCAGUUAGUUGGAAACAAGCUUAUGGUGAACUGAUUAGUCUUAAAAUGAGAAAAUAUGAAUGAAAUUGCAUUAUUUUUACACAUACCUUUUUGGUGAGGUGUCUAUGUUUAUGCCGUAAAUAAUAAACAUCAGAAUAACAUAUUUCACAGAUGGCAAGAAUUAUUUGCACUGUGUAGACAGCCAUUACUUUAGGAUUUCUAUCACUGAUAUGUCUGUAUGGUGCAAUAUUUUCUUAAAUGUGGAUUGUUGUGUUAGUGACAGACAGCAAUGUAUUAUUCACGUUUAAUGGAUAACCCGUUAUUAAUUUUUUACUUACCUUGAAUUUUGCGUUUCCAUUAUAGUUGUAUAUAUUUUAAGCAGUUCGGCGUUUUUUUAUGUUACGACAGUUAUAACUGGGUCGGUCUGCCACUUAGGGACCGAAGAAGACCUCAGUAGUUUGGUCCCAUAAGAUCAUACCAUGAAUUUCCAUUUUGUCUAACUUAUGGAAAUUUGUUAAAUGAAAGUAUGAUCGCAAAAAAUUACUAUACAAUAGUGAAUUUUUGUUCCGAUGAGAGACUAAUUACAUAUGUUGCAUAGAAGGCCCGUUCUUUAGUUUGUGCUAUUACAGUAUAUUGCCGUUUCUAUUAUUCGUGUAUAUAGCACUUUGUUGUUUAUUAUUAUUAUUAUUAUUAUUAUUAUUAUUAUUAUUAUUAUUUCAAUGUGGAAUGUUGGCAAAGGUGUGGACUGCUACAAAUAAUUCAAGUUCUACGGAUGGCUCAUUAUCGUUUUUCUAUUUCUGCUCCAUUUUGAUGUUUUUUAACAAUGUACGCAGGCAAUUGGGUGUGUUUUUUAUGUUGAAGCAAUUGUUAUGGGAUCUGUCUCAAUUGUGGAAAUUUGUUAUGCGAAAGUGUGAUCGCAAGUAAUUUGUAUACAUUAGUGAAUAUUUCUUCAGAUGCAUGUAAGCAGUCUGGCGUUUUGUGAUGUAAAAGUUAUGAUGUAUGUCUAAAUUACGAAUGUAUUUGUUCUUGAAAAUCUGAUCGGAAGUAAAUUGUAUACAGUAGUGAAUUCUGGUUGUGAUACAAAAGGCACAGAUGGGAUGCAAUGGAGCUGCAGUAAAGAGUUAGUUUUAGCAUUGGAAAAAAAAAUGUGGUAAAUGGAUGCAAAUUAUCACAAAAAUUCUGCAAUUAACUUGUCUCUGGGUCAAAAGGUGCAGAAAUUUUUAUUACUAAUGAACUACAGCUAUCCGAGAAGACAGUAGUGAAUUGGAAAAGCUUUUGCAGAGAAAUAUGUACUGAAAUGUGCAACAACGAAAGUUAAGUUGGUGGGUGGGGAGUCACUAUCAAGAUGGAAGAGGCUUUGUUCGGGAGAAGAAAAUAUGGCAGAGGCAACAAAAAUGCAGGAAGGUGGGUUUUCGGAGGAAUCAAGAGGAACCCACAAGGGUUGUUUCAAAGCUUUUCUCAAAUGUAUGAAGGAGUUGCUGUUUGGUGUCGUAAAGAAAUACAUCCUUCUAGGAUUGACUGUCAUUUCUGACUGUUUCAUAUUGUACAAAUGCUUGAACAAUGAAGGAUUCAAGGAUUUUUACAGUAAACCAUGAAGUGACAUUAAAGAUCCUGAAAUGGGUGCGCACACCAACAGUAUCGAGGGCACCUGGUCAGCCAUGAGGUGAUCUCUACACGGCACCAGACAGACAGACAGACAGAC